ACUUUUUCCGAGCAACCGGAGCCCGAUAUAGUAAAAAUUUCUGUACUACAUGAAGAAUCAAUAAUUGUUGGAUUUCAUUUAACCGAUUACUGGAUUAAAGAUUUAAUAUCCAACUUUCCGGCAUCAACUUAUGUAAUUAUCACGGAUACGAACAUCGCAUCAAUUUAUCUUGAAAAAUUAUCAAAUCGAUUUAAGAGUGAAUUGAAUCGAGUUAAAGAAUCCAAUGUCUCUGUACCAAGAUUUUUAACUUAUACAAUUCCUCCAGGAGAACAAUCCAAAUCAAGAGAAAUUAAAGCUGAAAUUGAAGAUUUUCUAUUAAGCAAAGCAUGUACACGUGAUACUUGUAUUAUCGCUUUUGGUGGUGGCGUUAUCGGUGAUUUAGUUGGUUUCGUGGCAGCCACUUUUAUGCGGGGUGUGCCAUUUAUACAAGUUCCAACGACACUACUUGCUAUGGUAGAUUCGUCAAUUGGUGGUAAAACUGCGGUUGAUACGCCUCAUGGAAAAAAUUUGAUUGGUUCUUUUUGGCAACCCAAAAGAAUUUAUAUUGAUAUUAUUUAUUUGGAGACCUUACCUGAAAGGCAAUUCGUCAAUGGUAUGGCUGAAAUCAUAAAGACUGCUGCAAUUUCUAACGAAAGUGAUUUCGUAAAUCUUGAAAAUGGUGCGGAGAGCAUUCGUGAUGCUGUACUUAAACCCAAAAGAGAAUCUCCUUUUCAAGGUGCAAAAAUUGAAACACGUACUUCAGGACAAUCUCUUCUUUUGUCAGUGAUUGUUGGAUCUGCUAAAUUUAAGGCACAUGUGGUUACGCAUGAUGAAAGGGAAAGUGGUCUUCGUUCAUUACUAAACUUUGGUCAUACCAUAGGUCAUGCAAUUGAAGCUAUUUUAUCACCUGAAUUAUUACAUGGUGAAUGCGUCUCUAUUGGUAUGAUUAAAGAAGCUGAACUUGCACGGUAUAUGGGACAUCUAAAUCAAGUUGCCGUAGGUAGAUUAUUAAUAUGUUUAUCGAGUUAUGGAUUACCUGUUUCUCUUGAUGAAAAAAAAGUUUUAAAUUUGGCGGGUGAAAAAUUUUGUACUGUUGAUAAAUUGAUGGAUAUCAUGAAGGUGGAUAAAAAAAAUAAAGGUGAUAAAAAAAGAAUAGUUAUUCUUUCUGGAAUUGGAAAAACCUAUGAACAAAAAGCAACCUGGGUAUCUGAUUCUGCAAUUCGUAAAGUUCUUUCACCUUCUAUCAUUGUUCAUCCGAAUGUAACUUCUUCCAGUUCACAAACUCAGGUUACGAUGACAACUCCGGGAUCAAAAUCAAUUUCAAAUCGUGCCUUGAUUCUCGCUGCAUUGGGAAAAGGAACUUGUAGACUUAAAGGAUUACUUCACUCGGAUGAUACUCAAGUGAUGCUUAGUGCCCUUAUAAAUCUUGAAGGUGCAAAAUUUGAGUGGGAAGAUGACGGAGAAACAUUAGUAGUCAAAGGUGGGGGUGGAAAUCUUAAAGUUCCUAAUAAAGAAAUAUAUCUUGGAAAUGCUGGAACAGCUUCUAGGUUUAUUACUACCUUAUGCACAUUAAUUUCACCGGAUACUAUUACAGACACAAAUAAGCAUACGAUCGUAACAGGAAACGCACGCAUGAAACAACGUCCAAUUGGUCCUUUAAUAACUUCUCUUCGGGAAAACGGUUCACAAAUAAAGUAUCUAGAAACUGAAGGUUGUCUCCCAGUUGAAAUAUUGCCUAAUAAACAACGAUUUCGCGGUGGUUUGAUAAAUCUCGCCGCAUCAAUUUCAUCUCAAUAUGUAACUUCAAUUCUUCUAAGUGCACCAUAUGCUAACGAACAAGUAACUUUAAAGUUGACUGGAGGUCAAGUUAUAUCUCAACCUUACAUUGAUAUGACAAUUGCAAUGAUGGAAUCUUUUGGUAUUAAAGUUGAACGUUUGGAGGGUGAUGUUUAUCGUAUUCCACAAGGUUUUUAUAAGAAUCCUGAAGUCUAUGUAGUUGAAUCAGAUGCGAGUUCUGCUACUUAUCCUUUGGCAAUUGCGGCUAUCUCUGGUAUUACUUGUACUCUUCCUAAUAUUGGAUCAUCAUCACUUCAAGGUGAUGCUGCAUUUGCUGUAAAGGUUCUUCGUGCUAUGGGAUGUACAGUAACUCAAACUUCUACAAGUACUACAGUAAAAGGUCCUCCUAUUGGAAAAUUGAAACCAUUACCUGAAAUUGAUAUGGAAACUAUGACGGAUGCAUUCUUGACUGCAUCUGUAUUAGCAGCUGUUGCAACUAAUCAAGAAGGAGGAAGUGAAAAAUGCAUUACUCGAAUAACCGGAAUUGCCAAUCAACGAGUAAAGGAAUGUAACAGAAUUGCCGCAAUGAUUGAUGAAUUAACCAAAUUUGGGGUUGAAGCAUCUGAAUUAUCAGAUGGUAUUCAAAUUCAUGGUACACGAAUUGAAUCUCUUAAAGGACCAGCAGAAGGUGUUCAUUGUUAUGAUGAUCAUCGAAUAGCAAUGAGUUUUAGUGUACUUGGUUGCGUGGUACCUAAUGGAACUAUAAUAUGCGAUAAAAAGUGUGUUGAAAAAACUUGGCCUAGUUGGUGGGAUGUUUUAGAGUCAAAAUUUGGUUCUAACUUAGAUGGAUUAGAUUUGAAAUCACAACGAGAAGAUUUAUUGACCCAAAAAGAGAUUGCAGUUUCAAAUCAAGAUGUUUCUAUAGUUUUCAUUGGAAUGCGUGGGGCUGGAAAAACUUUAUUAGGUAAAUCUAGUGCUAAAGCUUUAGGUCGUAAGUUUAUAGAUAUGGACGAUUAUUUCGAAACUGUAUUAUCUACAACAAUUCCUGAAUUCGUAAAAACCCAAGGUUGGAAUGCUUUUCGUGCAAAAGAAACCGAACUUCUUGCAUCAUUACUUAAAACUCAUUUAUCAGGUUGUAUAAUUUCUUGUGGAGGUGGUAUAGUUGAAACAGAAUCUUCGCGUGAUCUUUUGAAAAAAUUUACAAAGGAAAAAGGCAAAGUUGUUCAUAUUACAAGAGAUAUUAAAGAAAUAAUUAAAUAUUUGAAUAAAGAUACGAUUAGACCAAGUUAUGGAGAAAGCAUUCAUGAUGUAUGGAAACGACGAGAAGGGUGGUAUAAAGAAUGUUCAAAUUAUGAAUAUGAUUUAUUGACAGCAGAAAAUGUUAAUAACGAUAUUAUUGAUCCAUCCGAAUGGAAACUAAUUCAAAGAGAUUUUUUUAGAUAUUUGAAAUUUAUUACUGGACAAAUUACUAACAAUAUUGAAAAAUUAAAUAAUACGAAAUCAUUUUUUGUAUCAUUAACUUAUCCAAACAUUUCACCUUCAUUAAAAGAUAUUCCAAUAAUAACACAAGGUGUAGAUGCAAUUGAACUUCGAGUAGAUCUACUCGUACAAAGUGAUUCACAGAAAUUUAAAGAUUUUGAUUAUAUUCCAUCAUUAGAAUAUGUUUCACAACAGUUAGCACUUAUCAGACGUUCAUCAACGCUUCCCAUAAUAUUUACCGUGAGAUCAAAAGGUCAAGGUGGUAAAUUUCCAGAUAAUCGAGAGAAAGAUAUUUUUAAACUUUUAGAGCAUGCAGUAAAAUGGGGUUGUGAAUAUAUUGAUUUAGAAAUUGGAAGUUCAGAAGAUUUAAUUUUAAAUUUAAUUAAGAAUAAGGGAUAUUCAAAAAUAAUAGCAUCUUGGCAUGAUAUAUAUGGUAAAAUGAAAUGGGAUAGUGAAGAAGUUAGAAAUCGAUAUAAAAUCGCGGAAAAAUAUGGAGACGUUAUUAAAUUGAUUAGUAAAGCAGAAUCUCUCAAUGAUAAUUUAAAAUUACAAGAAUUUAUUCAAACAUUAUCAAGUAAAAAUUCUAAAUCAAUUAUUGCCAUUAAUAUGGGAACAGCGGGACAACUAUCACGUGUAUUAAAUCAAUUUCUUACACCCGUAACACAUUCAUUAUUACCAUCAAAAGCUGCACCUGGACAACUUACAGUUUGUGAAAUUUAUCAAGCUUUACAUUUAAUUGGUCAAUUACCUAAAAAGAAAUAUUAUCUCUUUGGCACACCAAUUAGUCAUUCAAUGUCACCUACUUUACAUAAUACAGGAUUUAAAGUAUUAGGGUUACCACAUUUUUAUGAUAUAUUUGAAUCACAAGAUGUUUCGGCGGUUAAACCAAUUAUUGAAGAUCCAGAGUUUGGAGGAGCGUCAGUAACUAUACCGCAUAAAAUCAAUAUUAAGCCUUACUUGGAUGAAAUUUCCGAACAUGCAAAAGCAAUAGGAGCUGUUAAUACGAUUAUAACAAAAAAUGAUGAAAAUAACAAACGAAAAUUAAUUGGUGAUAAUACAGAUUGGUUAGGUAUUGUUUACUCUAUCAAAGAUUUAAUUGAAAUUGAUUCCAAUACGUCAGCAUUAAUUAUUGGAGCUGGAGGUACUUCAAGAGCUGCAUUAUAUGCCGUAAAUCAACUUGGUGUUAAAAAUAUUUAUUUAUAUAAUCGUACACUUGAAAAUGCCAAUAUUUUAAUCAAAGAAUUUUCAACUUAUGGAAUUAAACCUUUAACAUCUCUUUCAAAUUCUUUACCAAUUCCACCUAAAAUAAUUAUAUCCACAAUACCAGCAACAGCUAAUUUAGAUAUUCCAGAUGAAUUAUUUAAAUCUGGUAAAGGAGGAGUUAGUAUAGAAAUGGCAUAUAAACCUAGAAGGACCAAGUUUUUGGAGAAGAGUGAAUCUAUGGGAUGGCACGGAAUUGAAGGAAUUAGAAUAUUAAUUGAACAGGGAAUUUUUCAAUUUGAAAAAUGGACAGGUAAAAGAGCACCUAGAGAAUUUAUGGAAGAGGAAGUGAUGAAAAAAUACAAUAUAUAA